ACCACACCUCACUCUGUUGCGGCCGGGACCAGAAAAGGAAGCGAUCUGGGGUCCCACCGGGAAGUCCCUGGGGGUGUGAUGCAAGCCCUCCCCCCACCAACCCCGCAGAUAAAGGCACAGGGCCAGCCUCGAGCUGCCAGCCGCCUGUGCGCCCUGCCUGCCAUGGCCCGCAGCUGCGCGCUGCGCUCCUGGGCCCUCCUCGCCCUCUUCGCCCUCCUCGGGGUUGCUGGGGGAGGUCUGGCAAACUGCAUCCCCAUCGUGUCCCGCAGAGAGUGGGGGGCCCUGGCGUCCGAGUGCUCUGCGAACCUGAGACGGCCAGUGCGCUACGUGGUGGUAUCGCACACGGCGGGCAGCACCUGCGAUAACCCGGCCUCAUGCCGGCGUCAGGUCCAGAACGUGCAGCACUACCACGUGCGGACGCUGCACUGGUGCGACGUGGGCUACAACUUCCUGAUCGGAGAAGACGGGCUUGUGUAUGAAGGCCGGGGCUGGAACACCGUGGGCGCCCACUCAGGUCCCACAUGGAACCCCCUGUCUCUGGGCAUCUCCUUCAUGGGCAACUACAUGAAUCGGGUGCCCCCGGCCCGCGCCAUCAGGGCAGCCCAGAGUCUGCUGGCUUGUGGCGUGGCUCUGGGAGUCCUGAGGCCCAACUACGAGGUCAAAGGACACCGGGAUGUGCAGUCAACACUUUCUCCAGGUGACCAGCUGUACGAAAUCAUCCAGAAAUGGCCACAGUACCGCGCCUGAGCCCCGCUCCUCACACUGCUUCCCACCCCCACCCAACGCAUCAGAAGUCCUGGCGGCCUCCCCCCCGCCUCAAUAAAUGCAAAGCUCAAAGUGUA